ACUUUAACGAGUUCCGAUGGAGCGUCGGAUUCUUUCAGCAGCCGGACCGGAAACAGCGUGAGGUUACCGACGUCUCUCCUGAAGCGUUGCACCUGAUCAGUGUCCAAGUCCAAGUCCUCAGCUGCUGUUUGUCUUCACAAGAAGAUGUUGAGAAGUGCCUCAGCUCAGAUCAUCAGACAGGUGGUGAGAUACAGGAGCACAGACACCAGCCUCAUCCUGGAGAGAUCAAUAAACCGGGUGCAGCUGUUGGGUCGGGUUGGCCAGGAUCCCGUGAUGAGACAAGUGGAGGGUCGUAACCCCGUCACCAUCUUCUCAUUAGCGACAAAUGAGAUGUGGCGUUCUGGAGAUGGAGAGAUGACAUCAACAGGUGACAUCAGUCAGAAGACGACGUGGCAUCGCGUGUCUGUGUUCAAACCCGGUCUGAGAGACGUGGCCUACCAGUAUGUCAAGAAGGGGUCCAGGAUUCUAGUAGAGGGGAAGCUGGACUACGGGGAGUACGUGGACAAGAACCAAGUCAGACGUCAGGCCACCACCAUCAUCGCAGAUAACAUCAUCUUCCUAAGCGACAACAUCCGAGACAGAACCUGAACAACUUUCCUCUAUCAACACAACAACUUCUUUUUGUAUCUUCUCGUUUGUAUAAAAUAAGACUUGGACCCAAAAACAUAAAGGAACUGUUUGACCCACCAAAAAGGGGACAGAAUAAGCUGUGACACUUUGAUCAUGUUUGAAUGUGGCGCCACCUGCUGGUGGAAAGAGAAGCCUUCGAUGCAUAAAGAGUAGCAGAAAAAGUCCACUCUUGUAGUGUGCACGUAUACACUUACUGAUUAUGAUCUUUUAUUGUGCUACAUGUACAUAACUGUUAAAAUAUACACUUUACGUCCUAUUUACGCGUUCUUAAGUUUUAUGUGUGAGAUUAAUGUUUGGAAAUGCUUCUCAUGAAUCAUAAUUCUGGGUUUGAUGACUCUUUACAAAGUUUUGAAAAGUUGUAGCUCUUCCUCAUGUUGAAGAUCAUACGAAGCCAUUAUGGUUUUUCUUUGUUGCAACAGUUAAGACGACUUCUCUUUAAUCUCAGAAAUUGUUUCUUGGAGAGGAAGACUGUGAAUCGGGGGUCUCAAAAUACUCAAUCUGACACAGGAAACACUUCCUCGAGACUGCAGAAUUACCUCUUUAUUUCACAUCAUCAUCUCCCAGUAAAAAUAAUGUCUCAUGUAUUAAGUGCUGAAAAAAAUUCUACUUGUUACGCUCCAUUGCCCAUGACAAACUCACAGGAUUAUCUGCAUAAUGCGCAAAGAAGUUGAUGUUUUGGAGAUGCACGACAUGUUAAACGUGUCAGCUAUGUCUGCUGAACAUGAGAGAAAAGUUAACCAUUGGACAGUUGCUCAUUACUGCAUUUAGUUCAACUGCUUCCCGUCUGUCGUCGUUAAAUGAUACAGUAUAAACCCAGUGAGUAUGUGACCCCUGCUGUUAAUGAAACACACCAGAUUGACCUCAAGUGUUGUUCUCCACUCACAGUUUGCAUGUUUUACCUCACCACACAGCCGACUUCACAAGUGGACAAAUCACUUGUGAAAGAUAAGGUAACCCUCUUUGUCAUGUGACAAGAAGUUUUACCCUUUCGACCUCACUGUACCCACCAAACCUCUCCUUUAAAGAAGUCUACAUUCUGGAUUUUAGUCUUUCAUGUGCGAACAGUGUCACGUCCUGCUUUGACUUGAUGACAAAUGUAAGCUGUCUUUCUGUCAUGUCUCUUCAUGCAAAUCUCUCCUGAUUAAACGCUGUUCAGCGCUGAUCACUGAAACAUGUGAAGAUAUAUUUAAAACUUUUGUGGAAGCGCCUUCAAUUGAAUUUUCAGUUUUCUCUUGCUUUGGGUUUUUCCUGCUUAUAUACCUGAAUUGUGCAUAGUUAACACUGCACAUUAUUGUACUGACAUGACAGUUUGAUUAGUUUUAUCUGUUCCCUUUAUUUUUAUUUUCUGCCAUGUCACUCUUUUGUCAGUUGUUAUCACACUUAUCUGUUUUUCAUUUCCUUCCUGCACAGCGACUGGUUACUUUCACUGUCAGUUCAUUUCUCUGUAAUGGUGUAAUGCUACAAUAGACAUUUUUCAAGUA